UGACCAGAGGUGGGGGAGGGGUGAGUGCCCAGCUGCUUGUCCACUGGGGGCACCUCCUUCCAUCCAGGCAGCCUGACCUGAGGCCAUGGCCAUCCAACAGGUGGGCGGCCGGGGGCGGGUGGUGGCCGAGCUGUUCGAGCGGAGAAGGGGCUGCCACAGCGAAGACAGGAAGCAGGUGAGGCCAAGCCAGAUGCUGCUGAUGCUGCUGGUUUUGCUGCUGUACCUGGGCACAGAGAUAUCAGGAAGAACUUGGGAGAUGUCAGAAAGGAUCCGAGACUAUAACUACCCCCAAAAUCCUGUGGCCUCCCAGGGGUUCGACUAUCAGAACAAGGAGCCUGCUGAAGAGCCAGGAAAGGGCACGCGGAACUGGGUGAAGAAGAACUUGCACGUUUUCUUGGAGAAGCUAGAGGAAGAGCUGCGCGAGCUGGAGCAGCUGGUGCGGGACAUGGAGGUGUGGCUGGACGCUCUUCUGGGAGAGACGCACCUGGAGGAGCCCUGUCCCUCCCACAAGAGUCACUUGUGAGGGCCAGGGCUGGGGCCCGGGCAGGAGGCCAGGCGGGAGGCAGCUGGGGCUUCCUGGGGCCCCUCGAAGUGGACUCUGAAGUGAGGCCAGCAAGAAAAUAAAAGAGUUGGGAAAUGAA